AUGUUGAAGCAGUGGAUAUUCCAAAAUAUGACUUCAGAAGUUACAAGAACAUCUCUCGAAGGUGCAGAUGCUGAUGUACGCUUGGCAAGAAGAAUUAGGCGUGACACAGGUGAAAAGGGAAGAAAUAUUGGUAUGGUUCUUGAUCAGUACUCAAAGUUCGUGAAGACUGCAUUUGAUGACUUUAUACUUCCAACAAAAAAGUAUGCUGACAUCAUCAUACCUCGUGGAGGAGACAAUCAUAUACGUGGCAUGCAUACACUGAUACGUGAUGCUCAAACAACAAAACAUGAUUUUGUGUUUUAUUUAUAUCGUUUGAUCCGUUUGGUGGUGGAGCAUGGUUUGGGACAUUUACCAUUUCCAGAAAAGCAGGUGAUAACUCCAACCGGAUCUGUAUACACAGGUGUAGAUUUUUGUAAGAGAUUAUGUGGUGUUUCUGUUAUGUUAUUAGAAGUGAGAGCAUGUUGUAAAGGUAUCAAGAUCGAAAAGAUUCUUAUUCAUAGAGAAGGUGACAAUGGACAACAGGCACGUGUUGUUGUUGGAUCCUAUAUACUAGGAACAGGUAAUUCAGCUGUUCAGACAAUUUCUUUGCUUUUAAAGAAAGGUGUACCAGAGGCCAACAUCAUAUUCCUCAAUUUGGAAGUGUUUUUGUAUUUUAAUGGAGACAAUUUGCUUCUCGACGGGCAGCACAGUGACAACCAGGUAACCGUCAGCCUCCACAAUGAACACCAUCUUCGCUACAACGUUGGUCCAAUGUUUCCUUCUCUCGAUCGCAACGCCCUCUUCACAUUUCUCUCUCUUUCGAUCACAAGUUAUCUUCUUUUUGACUACCUCAGAGAAGACCAGUUUCAUUGUCGGCCUCUACCCCUUCGCUUCCGGCGAUCUCCUAGUUCCUUCUAUUGCUUCCAGCGACCUUAUUCCCCUGAGAUUGCAGUUCUCUCUCCACCUCCCAUUUUCUUCAAUAGGUCUGUCUUCUGA